UAGAGCGCCGGGCUCCACCUUCUGCCCCUCACGCUGCCAUGGCGAGCCGAGGGGCUCGGCAGCGUUUGAAAGGCGGCGGGGACCCGGCUCCCGCCACCAAGAAGCUACGGAAGCAGCCGGCCAGCCGGGAGGCGGGCCACGAGCCAAAUCCGUUAUCUGGGAACAAAGCCAGCCAAGUCUGGGCACCUGACGGGUCUACCGCUUUCAAGUGUCUUCUCUCAGCAAGGUUGUGCGCUGCUCUGCUGAGCAACAUCUCUGACUGUGAUGAAACAUUCAACUAUUGGGAACCAACACACUACCUCAUCUAUGGGAAGGGGUUUCAGACUUGGGAAUAUUCCCCGGUGUAUGCCAUUCGCUCCUAUGCCUAUCUGUUGCUUCAUGCCUGGCCAGCUGCAUUUCAUGCAAGAAUUCUACAGACUAAUAAGAUUCUUGUGUUUUACUUUUUGCGAUGUCUUCUGGCUUUUGUGAGCUGUAUUUGUGAGCUUUACUUUUACAAGGCUGUGUGCAAGAAGUUUGGGCUGCAUGUGAGUCGAAUGAUGCUGGCCUUCUUGGUGCUCAGCACUGGCAUGUUUUGUUCAUCGUCUGCAUUCCUUCCCAGUAGCUUCUGUAUGUACACUACAUUGAUAGCCAUGACUGGAUGGUACAUGGACAAGACUCCCAUUGCUGUGCUGGGAGUAGCAGCUGGGACUAUUGUAGGCUGGCCAUUCAGUGCUGCACUUGGUUUGCCAAUUGCCUUUGAUUUGCUGGUCAUGAAACACAGGUGGAAGAGUUUCCUUCGUUGGUCACUAGUGGCCCUAAUUCUCUUCCUGGUGCCUGUGGUGGUCAUCGACAGCUACUAUUAUGGGAAGUUGGUGAUUGCCCCUCUCAACAUUGUUUUGUAUAAUGUCUUCACUUCUCAUGGACCUGAUCUUUAUGGUACAGAACCCUGGUACUUUUAUUUGAUUAAUGGAUUUCUGAAUUUCAAUGUAGCCUUUGCUUUGGCUCUUCUGGUCUUACCACUGACUUCUCUUAUGGAAUACCUGCUGCAGAGGUUUCAUGUGCAGAAUUUAGGCCAUCCAUAUUGGCUUACCUUGGCUCCAAUGUAUAUUUGGUUUAUAAUUUUCUUCAUCCAGCCUCACAAAGAGGAGCGAUUUCUUUUCCCUGUCUAUCCACUUAUAUGUCUCUGUGGUGCUGUGGCUCUUUCUGCACUUCAGAAAUGCUACCACUUUGUGUUUCAGCAAUACCGCCUGGAGCACUACACUGUGACAUCAAGUUGGUUGGCGUUAGGCACGGUCUUCCUGUUUGGUCUCCUGUCUUUCUCUCGCUCCGUGGCACUGUUCAGAGGUUAUCAUGGGCCCCUUGACCUGUAUCCAGAAUUUUACCGAAUUGCCACAGACCCAACCAUUCACACUGUCCCAGAAGGCAGACCUGUGAAUGUUUGUGUGGGAAAAGAAUGGUAUCGAUUUCCCAGCAGCUUCCUUCUUCCAGAGAACUGGCAGCUACAGUUCAUUCCAUCAGAGUUCAGAGGUCAACUACCAAAACCUUUUGCAGAGGGACCACUGGCCACACAGAUUAUUCCUACUGACAUGAAUGACCAGAACCUAGAAGAGCCAUCCAGAUAUAUUGACAUCAAUAAAUGUCAUUAUUUGGUGGAUUUGGAUACCAUGACAGAAACACCCCGGGAACCAAAAUAUGCAUCCAAUAAAGAAGAGUGGAUCAGCCUGGCCUAUAGACCAUUCCUUGAUGCUUCUAGGUCUUCAAAGCUGUUUCGGGCAUUCUACAUCCCCUUCCUGUCAGAUCAGUAUACAGUGUAUGUGAACUACACCAUCCUUAAACCUCGGAAAGCAAAGCAAAGUAGGAAGAAGAGUGGAGGUUAGCAACACACUCGUGGCCCCAGUGGACAGCCAUCUUGUUACCUGAUUCCAUUGACCUGACUCCCUCCAUAUCAUCACCUGUAACUUUUGUAAUAAAGUCAUCUGACAGGAACACCGGAAUCCAGGUGCUCUUGGCUAAUCAGUCUGUUUCAAAUUCUAAUUAAAGUUACAUUCAAUUCUUGCCUGUA